AAACCUGAAAACACAACUCACACAUGCCGUGACAUUAGAAAGUGGUUAAUGAGACAUUAGUAGUAUGUAGUGUUCAGUAAUGAACAUGUUAGAAGCGUCAAACAGAGCAGAUGUGUCAGAGAAACCUCCGCCUCCGAACUGGAUCCUUCAGCACCCAACAUAUCAGCAAAUGAAGAGUCUGGAGGUUGAGGACAGUGCACAAGUACACGUAGCUUUCCUCGUGUACAUGGAUCUUACUGAAGUGCGUCAAUGGAAAGAGGUGUCUUGUGUCAAGAGUCCUGAGCUGCAGUUAGUUUUGCUGGAAGGGAGGGAGAAGGAAGGAGCACCCAUCCAGACAAUUCUUCCACUGCCUGCUCACCGAUCUCUGAGCCACAAAAGCUUUCUCCUCUCUGCUGUGCAGCAUACGUCAGGUGCUGGACAGAGGCUUUCCCAUGCUGUUGUGUGCAGUAGCUUCUGACUCCACCCUUGUCUACCAGAGGAUGACUGAUGGGUUGGUGACACCGGACCCUCCCGCUGGCCCCUUCCAGGAUUUGGGACGCCGGCAGCACCGGAAGAGACGGCAGAAGCACUGACCAGCUGGAAUGAGAAGACACCUUGGUGUUGUUGGUGAAACAUAGAAGAGCAGGAUGGGACAGGCAGUUGGGUCUGUUUGUGUAAGCCGCUCCUUAAAAAAAAAAAUAUAAAGGUGUACUGAGAACAUCGCAGCAGGUGCAAAUGGUCUGAACCACAGUGCCCUUCUAGAUGCUCUCAGUAAGAAACAACCAGCUGCAUCCAACCAGUGAAGUCGAGUGCAGUGGUUCCCAAUGUUUUGGCUUGUGACUCCUUAAAACUUUUGACCCAGUAUGUGGUUACAUGCUUUCCUCAAAACCUUCAUGCUGGACCUGAUGAGUUGGAUCCCAGGGCAUAAACAAUUUGUUUUGGAUACACCACUACUAGAGCCUGACUGAUACUUGAUUUUUGAGGCUGAUACAAAUAUUGGUAUUUGGAAGUUCAAAAAAUGUAUUGAUUAUUAAGACAUACUUCUUAUUAUCAUAAAGAUUUUUUUGUAUUUUAUUUUGUUAGUUCCUUUAAAGGUGCUGUACUCGAUAUCCAGCACAUUGUUAUAGCAGCAAACAAAUAUUUUCUAUGUAAAAAUAUAGUGGCGUAAUGGCAUCCUGAGCAGAGAAUGAAGUCACACUCCCUCAGUGUGUGUUGUAAUCCGAGCUUCUCUGUUCUUUGUUUUUUUUAAUAUUUAUAGCCUAUAUAUAUAUAUAUGCACGUGCAUGUGAGUUCCUUGUGCGUCGGUAUCAGACGCAGAGGGCCGCUAGAAAGCCUAUUUGACGAGUGGGGGAACGCUCUGUGGUAAUGGCUGCAAUGGUAUGAGGGUUGGAAGUAACAAAUAUUAGUUGAUAAAAAUGGCGGUGAUGCAAAUGCGUGUUGAAAAAGUGAGUUUUAGAUUAUCAAGUGGUUUGAUUCAUUUAAAGCCGAUUUGAUAAAAACAUUGUGUUAAUGUGUGACUUUGGUGAAUCCUGGCUAACCCUUUAAAACAUCAAAGUCACACAAUAACACUCACUAACUAACCGAUCGAGGCAGUGGUAGACCAGCAUCUCCCGUGUUCUGCAAGGUAAAAGUACUGUUUUUGUC